AUGUCGACAAAGAGAAGCGCACAGAUAUCAUUCAAGGUUGUGGACAAAGUUGGUGAAUGCUCACCUUGUAUAGCCAACUUUCGUUGUGGACCACCUCCACUCAGCUUCCUCAACGAUGAAGACACAAGCUUCAAAUCAUUGACCAACAAGCACAAGAAACAACGUGUCCUACUCUCCAACUCAUCAAUGGUCGAAUACGAAUCCGAACCAACUCGUACCGAACAAAGUGAUCUACAACAAUUGGCUAUUGGAAGGUACAAUGACAGGACUGGCAUGAUUGAAUUGAUACCAAUUAAGGAUGUUUGUCAGAUACAGCAAUCGAUCAUUGGUUAUGAGAUGCGUGCGAAGGAGAACUUUGACGAGUUGUCAUACAUGGAUAGGACAAAGAUGCUCUCCACUAGUUUUGGAAGCAAGUUGUCAAAGAAGAUCAUUCACAAGAUCGAGACUGGCGAUGUCGGCACGCUGAGCAACGAGAAGACCAAAGCUGCCGCCGAGAGCGUCACCAACAAGAGAGCCAACGUCGAUGCUGCCGCCAGAGACGAGGAUCUGCCGCCACACAACAAGGAGACAGACGUACCAAAGGAGAUCUACCCAAUCGAAGAGCUCAUGCCACAGGACGUCUACUUUGCAAUCAAUCCACAAUACUUUAUUGGUCUGGCAAAGGCUCCAGAGAAGGCACCAGAAGACAUGCCCAAGUACAUCAAGAAUAGACUGCCACACAUGUUGUACACGUACAAGAGGAAUGAUGAUGAUGAGCUGGUUGCAGGUGGUGACAGAGAUCAAGACGAUAUCGAACAUGAGAGCAGGAUUCUCACUUAUAUCUAUUACAUUACAAUUAUGAAGGGUUUGGAGAGUUCAAGAGUCACGCUGAUGGAGGAGACUUUGAGAAAGAACAGAGUACAUCCAUUCGUGGCCAAGUACUUGUGCCAGACCUUUACUCAACAAUAUGACCAAGUUAAGAGCAAGAUGAGCAAUGAUCAUAUUUCAAAGUUGCUAAACUAUGCAGUCAUCCUUAUUCUGCAUCUGGAAGACUUUAGAGUCAAGCAUGAGGCAGUCCAGCUGCUUUCAGAGGCUUUCAACAUGCCAGACUACAAGCUUGAGAAGCAUUUCAACAGAGUUGGAUGUGUCGUGGCAAGGAAUGGUCAGUACAGAGACUAUAAGCUGCGUGCACCAUUGAAGCUUCCAGAGGUCAGGGAUGUCCAAAGGAAGAAGAGAUAA